AAAUUUGGCAUCAGAAUAAUAAACAUUUUUUUUUUAUUUUGGGAAUAAAACAAACGUUUUUAAUGAAUAUUAUUCAUUGAAUAUACAACGUAUGUAAAUGACGAGGUAUUUAAAGUGAAUUAAAAAUAAACAUUUUUAUGUGACAUAGGUCAUUUAUUUUUAGCCAAUCACAAAAGCUUUUGUUUGUUGUUGACUGACGUUUUAUAUUUUGCUAUGUUGUUUUAGGUUAGAAUAAAAUGACAAAAUUUGUUUAGUGCUUCAGUUUAGGGUGGCAUCAAAGUCUUGAAAGAACUUUAGAAUAUUAAAAAUGAAGGUGACUGUCACUACACUGACCGAUUUCAUAUUCGUUUUGGACGUUUCUGAUGAGUUGGAGUUGGAGAAUUUUAAGGCAUUUUGCGAAAUCGAAUCGGGAUUUCCUGCCUCUGAAAUCGCUAUCAACUUUAACGGUAUGCCCUUGUUAGACAAUAAAAAAUCCCUAAAAGAUCAUGGAAUUAGGGAUGGGGAUGCUGUUGUUUUACAACAUAUGCAAUCUGGUUCUCAAGCCAAUGUAGAUCAACCAAAUGCAUCUGUGACUAGUUUUGACUUCAGCAAUAUUGAAAUACCAAAUAGUCGAAGACCCACAGAAGAUGACCCUGUUUUAAUUAGAGACAUGUUUCUUGCCAACCCAGACCAAUUAGCUCUCCUAAAGCAGAACAAUCCCAGAUUGGCUGAUGCUCUCCUAAGUGGAAAUAUAGAUAAUUUUGCGUCUGUACUAAGAGAACAAGUGUCUGCUAGGCAAGAAAGAGAACAACAAAGAUUAAGAAUGAUUAAUGCAGAUCCUUUUGAUACAGAAGCGCAAAGGCUUAUUGCUGAAGAAAUUAGGCAAAAAAAUAUUGAAGCCAACAUGGAAGCUGCCAUGGAAUACAAUCCAGAAUCGUUUGGAACUGUUGUGAUGUUGUAUAUUAACUGUACUGUAAAUGGGUAUCCUGUCAAAGCGUUUAUAGAUUCAGGGGCACAAACAACAAUUAUGUCAAGUAAAUGUGCAGAAAGAUGUAACAUUAUGAGACUGGUGGACACAAGAUGGGCCGGCAUAGCUAAAGGUGUGGGGGUGCAAAAAAUCAUUGGAAGAAUUCACAUGGUGCAAAUACAAAUUGAGAACAUAUUUUUAACCACCAGUUUUUCUGUGCUGGAAGAACAACCAAUGGACAUGCUUCUAGGCUUGGACAUGUUAAAAAGACACCAGUGUUGCAUAGAUUUGCACAAAAACGUGCUGAGAAUCGGAACUACUGGGACUGAGACUACAUUUUUAUCGGAAAGAGACUUGCCCGAGUGCGCAAGACUGAGCACCGUUUCCGAAGAGGAAAUAAUGCAAAAAUCCAGGAGAGAGGUGGAAGAAAAAGACUUACAAGCUGCCCUUCAAAAAAGCAAAGAAAUUGCUUCAUCUGGAUCGACUUCGACUUCGGUAGGCUCUAAUCCGAAUAGUAGUCAGAUAGACCCCGCCACCGAUAAAUUCACGGAUUUGGACGUGAACGAGUUGUGCGGUUUGGGUUUCACUCGCGAACAGGUGCUCUUCGAACUGCGCCGAUUUAACGGCGACAAGACACAGGCGACCGCCGCCCUUUUCGCAAAGUCACUCAAGUUUUAACUACCCGCUUAUGUUAUAGAGAAAGUAUGUGUUACAUUAGUUUUUUACGCACAAAACUUUGUAUAAACUAAGAACUCACCCAGUCGUGUGAUACUUCCUUUAUAUGGAAAAUUAAUUUUAGCGCCGGGGCUAUACUCAAUACAUAUUAGUUUUAUAAGCUCGGGAAGUGCCCAGCACUUUUGGACAUCUUGGCGGUUAAAACAUAAUUAAUUUAGUUCCGGCGAUGGAUCUGGUUUUUCCUAUGUAACAUUUGUUGUUUAGGUACUAUUUUAUUAGUUUCGACUAAGUAAGUUUUUUUAUAUUCCUCUUAUGUUUAAGAAUAAUCGGUUUAUAAAAUUUAUUACAAUAAUUAUUAAUUAUUAAGAUUCUGUUUUGGUAUCAGAAAAAAAGGGAAAUAAAUUUAAUCGUCUACAAUA